GGAGAAACAGAAGAGAAAAACGAGAGGAGAAAGACGAGAGAGAAGAUAGUAUAAAACGUAGCGUUUUAGACAGAGAGCUGAGUAAGAACUAAGAAGGGGAGGGAGGGAGAGAGAGAAAGGGUGGGAGCUGAUGGAAUAUGUCGGCCAUUUUUGGAUUUAUCUUCAAGAUACAUCAACGUGGCGGCCGUGCCCAGACGACAGACUAGCAGCCAAUUUCUAAAGCAACCACAACAACAAGAACAUCAGCAGAUUAAAAGGGUUUGGAUUAAUAUUAGGUAGCUUCUAACUUUUCUCGGGAUGGAAGGAGAGUAUUGUUGUUCUUCAUCUUCUUCGUCUUCAACAACCACAACAACAAGCAUAGAGAAGCGCAAGCAGAGGCAAAACCAGCAGCAACAGCAACAAGUAGGAGGCAACCAUGAUCAUCGUCAUCAAGAAAAGCAAUACAGAGGGAUUAGGAUGAGGAAGUGGGGAAAGUGGGUGGCUGAGAUUAGAGAACCCAACAAGAGGUCUCGAAUCUGGCUUGGUUCUUACACGACGCCGGUUGCCGCCGCCCGAGCAUACGACACCGCCGUUUUCUACCUCAGAGGCCCUUCUGCGCGCCUCAACUUCCCGGAACUUGUGUUCCAAGAAGACGGCCAGCAGCUACACGACAUGUCGGCCGCUUCGAUACGAAAGAAGGCUACGGAGGUUGGGGCAAAGGUCGACGCCGUCGAAACUGCUCACCGCUCACCAAUAUCGCAGUCGAAAACGACGUCGAGCCUGGUGAAUUCCCAGAAGCCUGAUUUAAAUAAGUAUCCCGACCCAGAAAACUCUGAUGAAAAUUAAUUGAAAAAAAAAAAGAGGUCUUUAGAGAGAUAUGAGGCUGAUCGAUCACCAACUGUUUAUAUUAUUUUCUUAAUUUCUAGCUCUCUUUUUUUUUUCUUUUAUCUUUUGAGUUCUUAUAUUUAUAUAUUUAUAUUCAUGAUCAUAGUUGAUCAUCACUAAGCUAGUCUACGUGUGAAAUAAGUGAAAAUAUAGAGAAAAUAGAGAGACGAGAAAGGUAUUCUUGGGUCUGUUUCAAAGAACAGAAUCAAAAGGGUUCUGUUUGAUUGGUAUAGUUUCUCUUUCUCUUCAAUUGUAACAUCAACAACAAACCAGCUGAAGAGCAAAAGUUCUUAGUUACUGGUCAUCAAGGAUGACAAGGAGUUCAAAUUCAUUUCAGUGUUUGCUUUCUUGAAUUUUUCCACUCUUGAUUUUUAUGGUUUGGGCAAUCAAGUUAUUUUGAUAUGUUAUCUUGCCCAGAAGACAACGUGGUGUUACUGUCACACGCAAUAAUUUUUCGUUCUCAUUUGGGUUUAGAGAAGAAAUUUGUUAGGUGUGGAUACGGUGGCUAGUGCAGCUUGCUUUGCUAGGGCAAUUGGUGUUUUGGGCCCCCCAAAUUUUACCAAGAGAAACAAAACAGAAAGAAAGAAAGCAACAUUGGUGUGGCCUACGUUUGGUUACAGUACUGGUACGAUCUUGUUGAGUUGCCAAACAAAAAACACAAGUAGAUAAGGAGAUAAGGAGGAGUUGGGGCACCAAGAAGAAGAACUGCUUGGUGAUGACGUGCUUGUGGUGUGAAGUAUGAUGAAGGAGAAAGCAAGAUGGUCCUCCUCAAUCAAAUAGGUUGUCCCUGUCAUUAGACUCACACACUCCAUAUUUUGGUGGAAGCUUACGACAUAGUGUUUGUGUGUGUGUGUGUGUUUUUUUUUUCUUGUUGAUGAUGAUGAUGGAUGAUGGACGGUGUGGACGGUGAACCCUUUCUUUUUUUUUCUUGUUUUGUAUUAGAGGUGAUUAAUGAAUAAUUAGUAAUAUAUUAAUCUUGGGCCGUGAUCUGUAUGGAGACCAAAUUAAAACUGAGUUUAUGAUAUGUGUGGAACGAUUCUAUUU